CCGCACGCAGUUUGAAUCAGAGUGGUUCAGAGGACGUCGGUGGUCUCGCGCCCUGCAGCACGAAGUCAGGGAGGCGGAAGGAGGUGAAGAUCUGAAGAUGCUCUGCCUCGGAAGCACCAAAGGAGGAACGAGGAAAGGUUAAAUGUUGAGAGAUUAAGGAUGGACUCUCCCUCAGCUCUUCCGAUUAUUUUGGCCGAGGCCAGCGGGGCGGAGGCAGAAUGUGGGGAAGACGCGGUUUUGGCCACAGAAGACCAUCUCGAGAACUUGAAGGCGUUGACGGAGAAACUCAAACUGGAAACCAGGAGGCCUUCGUACUUGGAGUGGAAAGCCCGGAUCGAGGCGGAAAGCUUCAGAGAAUCCAGAAGUGGAAAAGGCCCGAUCCAAGUGGAGCCAGAGGGGAAAGUCAUCGGGAAGUCUGACGGGAUUCAGUGCAAGUUGCCUUCAGGUGUUCUGAAAGGAUUUGAGAACAUCGAUGAAGCUCUCAGUUGGCUGAGGAGAGAACUGACCGACAUGCGCCUGCAGGACCAGCAGCUGGCGAUGCAGCUCAUGCGGCUCCGCAGCGACAUCCACGAGCUGAAGAUCGAGCAGACGUGCCACCUGCACCGGCGGAUGCUCAACGAAGCCACCUUCGGCCUGGAGGAGCGCGACGAGCUGUCGGGCCUGCUGUGCGAAUGCCCGGUCACCCCGGGCCUCGGCCUCUCGGCCCCGCUGCGGCUCAUCGGCGUCACCAAGAUGAACAUUAACUCUCGGCGUUUCUCGCUCUGCUAGUGGACGUAGUUACGAGCUGCGGUGAAAUCCUCCCGACCGCAACGUCGCGAGGGCGACGCUAGACGUAAUGUCUGUUUUUGUAGUCCCUGUAAUCAAAAAGAGAGAUUUAGGUAAUGUAUAUUAUUUCGAGAGAGGUAGGUACGUAUAUAGUGUGUGUUUCCCUCUAGACUACACGGCUCUGGCAGCUCUUUGCAGAAACCUCUGUCUGAAAACCACAGCAGAUUUGAGACCUUUAGGCCAUCGGGACUUGAAACUACAGGCAAGCAAUCCCAUAAUGCACCAGUUGGUGACCUCACGAUGGUUCCCAGUAAUUUGCUGAAGUCUGUUCCUGAAAAGUAAAGAUGUAUUUAGCUCCCGGCUGGAGCCCCGCCCUUUUUUUGUUUGUCUGAAAUUAAAAAAACAUGGUCCAGUU